UUCUCUUAGAAAAAUAGACUCAGACUACCCACAGGGCUUCCAGAAGGAACUCAGCUGUGUCAUCUGCCUGAACAACCUGGUAGACCCUGUCACCAUAGGCUGUGGGUACAGCUUCUGUAGACCCUGUCUCUGCCUUUCCUGGGAAGGAGCCCAAAGUCCUGCCAACCGCCCUGCAUGCACGGAACCAUCACACCAAAAGGAUUUCAAAACUAACAUUUUUCUGAAGAAUUUAGUGAGGAUUGCCAGGAAAGCCAGUCUCUGGCAAUUUCUGAGCUCUGAGAAACAAGUAUGUGGGACCCAUAGGGAAACAAAGAAGAUGUUCUGUGGCACAGACAAGAGUCUGCUAACUGUGUUCUAACUCUCAGGAGCAUGGGGCUCACAAGCACCGUCCAAUUGAAGGGGCAGCUGAAGACCACCAGGUAAGAGACAGUGCUAAUUACAACUCCAGAGAAGUUGCAUCAACAUGUAUCAAAAGAAGAAACACUUGAAAGAAAUGUACCGGGAACUAAUGGAAAUGUGUCAUAAACCAGAUGCGGAGCUGCUCCAGGAUUUUGGAGACAUCAUGGCAAGGAGUGAGUCUGUGCUGCUGCGCAUGCCCCAGCCUGUGAAUCCAGUGUUCACUGCAGGGCCCAUCACUGCACUGGUACACAGGCUCAACCGCUUCCGAGUGGAAAUUUCCUUCAAUUAUGAAGUAAGCAAUCACAAUAUCAGCCUGUUUGAGGAUGUGAGAAGUUGGAUGUUUAGACCUGAACAGGAAGGUAGAUCUUUGGAUUCUGACAGACCUGACUAUUUUGCUGCAUGGGGAGUCCGGGGCUUCUCCUCUGGGAAACACUCCUGGGAGCUGGAUGUGGACGACUCUUGGGAUUGGGCUCUGGGCGUCUGUAAGGAGUCCCAGAUAAGGAAGAAUGGCACCAUGAUUACAUCUGAGGACAUAUUUCUUCUUUUAUGUGUGAAAGUGGAUCAUCAUUUCUGUCUCUUGACCAGCUCUCCAAUGCUUCCUCACUAUGUAGACAAACUCUGGGCUGGGUUGGUAUGUUUCCGAAUUUUGAAAGUGGAAGUGUGAGUUUUUUUAAUGUCACCAAGAAUUCCCUCAUAUGGCGUUACCCAGCUGGCUCCUGAAAUUUCCCUGUCAGUCCUUUCUUGUACACCGGCCACAGAUGAUCAGGACGAAGAAACCUGACUGUGUGGGAACUGCUUGUACAAGGGAGCCCUCUACUGUUGAAGCAAAGGAAUCAUACUGUUCAGGCUUUUUUUUUUCUUCUCACUUUAUUACAGUUAAAUAAAAAAUAU